AUGAGUCUGAAUGCAAUUGUCAAUAGUUCUUCUGAUUUGGGUUUAAGUAAUACUAAUAGAAAUUAUAACUGGAUUGAAGAUCAAGUUUAUAACAAAGAUGCCAUUACUGCUGAAAAUUUAGUCACCAAUGUUAUAGAUGAUCAAACAUUAAACAAACAUCAAAUAAGAAUACUUAACAUUUUUGUAGAUAGUAAUAUUGAACCAUUAAGAAUCAUUAUUAUAGGAACUGCAGGAAUGACUGAAAGUUCUUCUAUAACUGUGCUUGCACCAACUAAAGUUGCUGUAUUUAAUAUUCACAAGACAAUGAUUCAUUUAGCACUUUCUAUUUCAUUCAAAGACUUACCAAGUGUAAUUCCAACAGAAAAUAAACAAUACUCAAGAGCUAUAUAUAUCCUAUCUCUCAAAAAUGAAGUAAAUAAGAUUAAUAUUAAUAUGCUAAAGUCAUUGAAUAGUCUCAUUGCUAGAAUUCAUGCUAUUUACACUAGUAAUAAUGAAGCAUUUAGAACUGAUUCUGAUGUUGCAAAAGGCCCUACAUCUCAAAUUCUUUUAGCUAAAGGUGCUCAUGUUAUGCUUAGAGUGAACAUAUAUGUAGAAGUAGGGCUAGUUAAUAGUGCUAUAGAAACAGUCCAAGAUAUAUUAUUUGAAGAAAAUCAGAGACUGCUUUUACUUCUUAUUGCAGUUUUUGUAGAAUUUAAUGUUCACAAUGGUUCUGCAAUUAUAUUUACAAAAG